AUACACAAUUGUUAUAUUUAAUCACCAUUGGUGGUGUGGUGUAUUGUAGAACAACAGUUAUUUGAUGGGGGAGUUAGGGUAUUUUUGAGACAUAUUUUGAUGUGACAGGAAACAGGAAAUACAUAUCUUCAGAGAACAAGGAAGUGUAAGUGUAGUUGAGCUGUUCUGUGUUGUGUCUCUGUAUUCAUGAAGUAAAAUGGCGGAAGCCAGCUUUUCUCAGGAUGAUCUCUUGUGUCCAGUGUGUCUGGAUCUCCUGAAGGAUCCAGUGACCAUCCAGUGUGGACACAGUUACUGUGAGAACUGUAUUACAGACCGCUGGGAUCAGGAGGAUCAGAUGAGAGUCUACAGCUGUCCUCAGUGCAGAGAGACCUUCAGUCCAAGACCUGCUUUAGCUGGAAACACUGUGCUGGCUGAACUGGUGAAGAAACUGAAGAAGAGGAAACGUCCUGCUGACUGUGAUGCUGGAGCUGGAGAUGUGCAGUGUGAUGUCUGUGCUGGAAGAAAAUACAAAGCCGUCAAGUCCUGUCUGAUGUGUCAGGAAUCUUACUGUCAAACUCAUUUUGACCUUCAUGAGGAAUUUCAUGUACAUAAGCCACACAAAGUGAUUGAAGCCACUGGACGACUGCAGGAGAUGAUCUGCCAGAAACAUGAGAAACAUCUGGAAAUGUACUGUAUUACUGACCAACAAUGCAUUUGUAAGCUGUGUACAAAAUAUGAGCAUAAAAACCACAAAACUGUAUCAGCCGCAGCACAGAGGACAGAGAAACAGAACCAGCUGAAGAAGAUGCAGAAGACAUCCCAGCAGAGAGAGAAAGAUCUCCAGCAGCUGAGAGAGACUGUGGAGUCUCAUAAGCGCUCUGCACAGACAGCAGUGGAGGACAGUGAGAGGAUCUUUACUGAGCUCAUCCGAUCCACUGAGAGACGCUGCUCUGAGCUGGUACAGCUCUUGAUUCCUGAUAUCAGAGAUCAGGAAAAGACUGCAGUGAGUCGAGCUGAAGGACGACUGAAGCAAAUGGAGCAGGAGAUCAAUGAUCUGAGGAGGAGAGACGCUGAGCUGGAGCAGCUUUCACACACACAUCACAUCCAGUUCCUGCAGAGUUUCCCGUCUCUCUCAGCACCUCCUGAUUCUACAGACAUAAAUGACAAUCCCUUCAGUUCUCUCGUCUCUUCUGCUGGUCUGAGAGAAUCUGUUCAUCAGCUGAGAGACAAACUGGAGGAUUUCUGCAAAGAGGAGCUUAAGAAGAUCUCAGACAGAGUCACAUUCAACAACAUUGUUCCCACAACCAGGAACGACUUCCUACAAUAUUCCCGUCAGUUCACUCUGGAUCCAAGCACAGCAUAUAACCGCUUCCAUCUGUCUGAGAACAACAGAGUGAUUACUGUCACUAACACAGUCCAGUCGUAUCCUGAUCAUCCAGACAGAUUUGAUAAGUUUCGUCAGGUGUUGUGUAGAGAGAGUGUGUGUGGACGCUGUUACUGGGAGCUGGAGUGGAGUGGAUGUGAUUAUGGACUGCGUAUAGCAGUGUCAUAUAAGAGCAUCGGCAGGAAGGGACGGGGUUAUGAGUGUAAGUUUGGAUAUAAUGAUCAGUCCUGGAGUUUGGACUGCACUCCCCCGAGUUACUCAUUCACACACAAUAAGAUGGUGACUGAUCUCCCUGUAAAGUCCAUCAGCAGUAGAAUAGGAGUGUUUGUGGAUCACAGAGCAGGAACUCUGUCCUUCUACAGCGUCUCUGACACCAUGAGCCUCAUCCACACAGUCCAGACCACAUUCACUCAGCCGCUCUAUCCUGGGUUUUGGGUUUCUGGAUCAUCAGUGAAACUGUGUUAGACUCAGAAUAGACUGAUGAGAGAUUCUACCCAUAAUGCUUUGAGCUGCAAGAUAAAUCAGUAACAGUACAUGUUCAUGUCCCCAUUUUUCAAAACGCUUAUAAAUCAUACAGAAUGAGUUUUUUUUGAGAAAGUAAAAAUGCACAAA